AUGUCUAUGGACACAAAAUUGAAGGUCAAGGAAGAAAUAGAAAGAUUGCUCAAAGCAGAAUUCAUCAUACCAGCCAUUUAUGCUGAUUGGCUAGCCAAUAUUGUGCCAGUCUUGAAAAGAAAAACAGGGGCUGUAAGGAUCUGUGUGGAUUACAGGAAUCUAAAUGAAGCAUCUCCCAAGGAUGCAUAUCCUAUGCCAAUGGCAAAUAUGCUAGUGGAUGAAGCUGCUCAUAACCAAAUGCUAUCUUUUAUGGAUGGUAAUGCAGGAUAUAAUCAGAUCAUGGUAGCAGAAGAAGACAUCCAUAAAACAGCCUUCAUGUGCCCUGGACAUAUAAGUGCUUUUGAAUACACUAUAAUGCCUUUUGGCUUAAGAAAUGCAGGGGCCACUUAUCAAAGAGCAAUGAAUUCUGUUUUCCAUGAUAUGAUAGGGCAUUCUCUGGAAGUAUAUAUAGAUGAUGUGGUGAUUAAAUCCCCAGAGGAGGGAGAUCAUGUAUCAAAUCUGAAGAAGGCAUUCCUAAGAAUGAGAUAA